AUGGCCUCCGUCUGGCCCAGGCUGGGUUUUUGUGCCUCGCUUCUGACAAGGCAGCUGAGUGGCAGCCCCAGUGUCCCGGGGUGGGAACGGAAAGGAAUCCUAGGAUGGACCAGAAGUAUUUACAGCGCUACGGGGAAGUGGACAAAAGUGUACACGAUGCAGACGAGAAAGGCCGUGGAGAAAUGGUGGCAUCAGCGAAUAAAGGAGCAAGGCUGCACAGUUUCCGAAGCUGAUAGAUCGAGGCCAAAGUUCUACGUGCUUUCCAUGUUCCCUUACCCUUCGGGCAAGCUGCACAUGGGCCACGUGCGUGUCUACACCAUCAGCGACACCAUCGCCUGGUUCCAGAGGAUGAGAGGGAUGCAGGUCAUCCACCCCAUGGGAUGGGAUGCCUUUGGGUUACCUGCUGAAAAUGCUGCCAUCGAGAGGAACUUACACCCACAAAGUUGGACACAGAGUAACAUUAAACACAUGAGGAGCCAGCUUGACCGCCUGGGCCUGUGUUUCAGCUGGGAUAGGGAAAUCACUACAUGUUUGCCGGAUUACUACAAAUGGACUCAGUACCUCUUUAUUAAACUCUAUGAAGCCGGACUGGCCUAUCAGAAGGAGGCCCUGGUCAACUGGGACCCAGUGGAUGAGACGGUGCUCGCCAAUGAGCAGGUGGAUGAGCACGGCCGUUCCUGGCGCUCAGGCACGAAGGUGGAGCAGCGGUUUCUCAGGCAGUGGUUUAUCAGGACAACCGCGUAUGCAAAGGCCAUGCAGGACGCGCUGGGCCAGCUUCCGGAGUGGUACGGGAUCAAGGGCAUGCAGGCCCACUGGAUCGGGGACUGCGUGGGCUGCCACCUGGACUUCGCGCUGAAGGUGGACGGGCGAGACACCGGAGAAAAGCUGACCGCCUACACCGCCACCCCUGAGGCCAUCUACGGCGCUUCCCACGUGGCGGUCACUCCCUGCCACAGCCUCCUGCAUGGGCGCGGCUCGCUUCGGGAAGCCCUGCGAGGAGCGCAGGUGCCCGGCAAAGAUUGCCUCACUCCCGUGGUGGCUGUGAACACACUCACCCGGCAGGAGCUCCCUGUUGUCAUCCUGGCCGAAGCUGACCUUGGAGGCUCUCUGGAUUCAAAAAUAGGAAUUCCCAGCACCAGCUCGGAGGACACCCGAGUGGCCCAAGCUCUGGGCCUGUCCUACUCCAGCGUCAUCCAGACCCUGCCAGAUGGAACAGAGAGGCUUCAAAGUUCUGCCGAGUUCACAGGUCUGACGCGGCAGGAGGCCUUCCUGGCUGUGACCCAGAAAGCCCGCAGGAUGCGCAUGGGAGGCAACGUGACCAGUGACAAGCUGAAGGACUGGCUGAUCUCGCGGCAGCGGUACUGGGGCACGCCGAUCCCCAUCGUGCACUGCCCCGCCUGUGGCCCCGUGCCCGUGCCCCUGGAGGACCUGCCGGUGACCUUGCCCAGCCUCAUGGCCCUCACGGGCAAGGGUGGCUCCCCGCUGGCCUCGGCUUCUGAGUGGGUGAACUGCGCCUGCCCGAGGUGCAAGGGAGCAGCCAGGAGAGAGACAGACACGAUGGACACCUUUGUUGACUCUGCGUGGUACUACUUCCGGUACACAGACCCCCGGAACCCUCACAGCCCUUUUGACACCACACUGGCAGACUUCUGGAUGCCUGUGGAUUUGUACAUCGGUGGGAAAGAACAUGCUGUCAUGCACUUGUUCUAUGCAAGAUUCUUCAGUCAUUUUUGCCAUGACCAAAAAAUGGUCAAACACAGGGAGCCCUUCCACAAGCUGCUGCCACAGGGCCUCAUCAAGGGACAGACGUUCCGCCUGCCGUCCGGACAGUACCUGCCCCGAGAGCAGGUGGACCUCACAGGUCCUGUCCCGGUUCACACGGAGACGCGGGCCCCCCUGGUGGUGACGUGGGAGAAGAUGAGCAAGUCCAAGCACAACGGCGUGGACCCCGCGGACAUGGUGGCCCAGUACGGCGUGGACUCGACUCGGCUCUUCCUCCUCUUCGCCGCCCCGCCCGAGAAGGACCUACUGUGGGACGUGAAGACCGACGCCCUCCCGGGGGUGCUGAGGUGGCAGCAGCGCCUGUGGUCCCUGGUGACCCAGUUCAUCGAGGCCAGGGCUUCUGGGAUGGACGCGCAGCCCGCACUGCUGCAGGCCGAGGAGAAGGCGGAGGCCAGGAGGCUGUGGGAGUACAAGAAUGCCGUCAUCGCCCAGGUGACCGCCCAUUUCACCAAGGACUUCUCCCUGAACUCUGCGAUCGCUCAGCUCAUAGGCCUCAGCAAUGCCCUCUCGCAAGCCUCUCAGCGGGUCAUUCUCCACAGUGCCGAGUUCGAGGACGCACUCUGUGCCCUGAUUGUGAUGGCCGCGCCGAUGGCCCCGCACCUGACCUCGGAGCUCUGGGCAGGCCUGGCGCUGGUGCCCCGCAAGCUCUGCGCCCACUACGCCUGGGACGCCGGCGUGCUGCUGCAGGCCUGGCCCGCCGUGGACCCGCAGUUUCUCCGGCAGCCCGAGGUGGUGCAGGUGGCCGUCCUGAUCAACAACAAGGCCUGUGGCAAGGUCCCCGUGCCCCAGCAGGUGGUUAGAGACCAGGACCGCGUCCACGAGCUGGUUCUGCAGAGCGAGCUGGGCGCCCGGCUGCUGCAAGGGCGGAGCAUCAAGAAGGCCAUCCUGUCCCCCAGGACCGCCCUCAUCAACUUCCUGGUCCAGGAGUGAGGCUGCUGCUCACAGGCUCAGCAUGGUGUGCCUGCCUCUCUGGCCCACGGAGAGCUCCCCAGGGGCCAGCGGCCUCCCGCCUCCAGGCCCCAGGAAGCAGCUUUAGUGGUGGCAUUUGGUGUCCAGGGCAUGGCACCGCACGCAGGCCGGAAGAGGUUCCUCGGCUCCCCAGCACAGGGUUGCUGGUGCCUUGCGCAUCCCCGCGGGGCUCCCUCCCUGCCCUACUGGAUGCAGCUGGCCAGACACUGAUGUACCUCACAGGCAUCACCGCCCCCGCCAGGCUGCGGGGCUCCCUGCAUGGGAGGAGGGCAGCCGGCCCCCAGUCUCAGCCUGGAGGGACAGGGGCCCAGGUGGCAAUGCCACUGCCUCCCGUGUGGCCCCAGAGACAGUCGUUACAGCUGCUGGCUGUCACCUCCUGCAUCCAAGCCCUGCAGUCUGGCUGCUAGGGGACAGCCAGGUCCGGACCCAGAUCAACACAUGGGGCAGCUCUGGUUUUAUGUGACGUUAGCAGCAAGGUGCUCUUACCACAGCGGGCCUACGCCACUGGUCAGUGUUUAAUGGGGACAGGGGCAGAGUCUGGCUAAAUCUGCAUUUGUUCUCUGAUGCCGUUAUCCUGGAGCAGUCCCUGAAGCUCAGCAGCAGACUGGCAGCCCAAUUUUGUCUAAGAAAAUGUCCUAGCUCAGUGGUUCCGCCACCUCCCCCACAAGCGCAAGGACCUGAGUUCCAUCCCCGGUACCAAAAAAAGUUUAAAAAUUAAAAUAAAAUGUCCUGGGUAGCGUGACCUUAGGGUUACCACCCUUUCCCCGUUCCAGGAGGUAAUCAGGGGCACUCCGAGGUCCCCGCCACCAUCAGAGGCAUGGUCGGUGGCCUGGCACUCGGAACGUUACGGACAGACGUGGGGGUCCUCCCGCUCCCCACGGCAGCCCGCAGGGCCUUGGCGCACGGCACAGCACGGAGUCCCGGGCUUUCCAGCAGCGGGCGCCCAGACACGUUGAGCCUGUCCCUACAACCCUGCAACUGCAAUCUAAUCAGUCUGGGGCACAGCCUGGCCACAGAGACCUGAAACCCCUGCAGGUGGGCUGGGGGGCAGAGCUGGGCAGCAGACAUCGCUCCCACAGGCCCUGGGUCUGCUCCCUCGCACCCCACACAUGACUCUCCCUCCAUGUGGGGCAGCGGGCAGCGGGCAGCGAAAACCACUCGAUCCGUGGGUGCCGUUGAGCCCAAGCCAGGACCAAGCCACGACUGAGUGGUGCUGGGAGAGGGGACCGGAAGGGAAGGGAAGCUGGGCUGGGGCCCCAGGCCGGGUCUCUGCAGGGAUCCGUGAGCCGACAGCAAACACGGUGCCCUUGUGUGUGGGAGCGGAUGUGGAUUAAAUGGAAGUGAUGUGGGUGUUUGUCACGGGGAGGGGAGUGGCUGUCCUGGCUCGGUUGUCUUUUCCUAGGUGAUUAUUACCCUUUGGAUCUAGGUGUCCCCUCCCUAACGCCCCUGUGGCCAAAGUGUGGCCUGCAGGUGAAAUAUCCACCACACCCCCUGCUGGGCAGGCAGGGGCUGCCUGGGGCUCCCCUCCCAGGCAGAUUUCAGUCUGAACCCAGGAGAGGACAGAGGUGCUGCAGGGCAUGGGUGUGAGCCCAAAGCCUGGCCUGGUUCCCACCGGCCCGGCCGCCCAGCCUCUCGGGCAGUACAAGCACAUUCUGUCCGGACGAGAAUGGAGAACGCGUGGCCACAGCAGCAGGAGUCUACAGAGGAAACUGCGAGGGAGACAGCGUGGUCCUCUCCACCCAAGAACCCACCCUGGGGCCCGGGCGGGAAAGCAGGCCGCACCCGUUGGUGGGAGGUGAGGCAGCGGCAGCAAGAUGGGCUCCUGUGCUCCGUUUGGUUUCGGGGGGUCAAACCCAGGGGCCUCUACCACGAGCUACACCCCCAGCUGCCACCCACAUCUGGUAAAUUUUGAGACAGGCAGGAGUUGAAAUUGGGUCCUGCAACCUCAGCCUCCCAAAGUGUACCGCCGUGCCCAGCUGAAAAAUCAUUUUUCAAAAACAUAACAGGAAAAAAAAAACUUCCGGAAAUUUUCUGAUGAAUAAACCGACGUAAAUACA